CCUGAGGCCAUUCCGUCACCUCGCAAAUCUAUCCAAUAGGAAGGGGGCGCUCAGUGCGCAGGCGCAGAUCUUGUUCAUCCGGAAGUCAUUGCACUGCGCUGUGCUGGGAGCUAUGGAUCCUGGGUACCGCGCGUAUGGAACAUGGGGCUCAGUGACAGGCCCGCAAGGCUCCUUCAUGCAGACCUCUGUGCAUUGGGAAGGCUUUAAUAUCCCUCAACUUCCUCUGUACGGCCCUCAGUGGAGUAGAAGCUGUGCCCCUGUCGGGCCCCAAUACAAGAGCUUUGAAACCAGCAGUGAUGAGCCCCAGGCUGCACACAGAGAUCCUGAUUUUAGUACAACACUCCCCUGGCCGCCGGAGUGCAGCAGUUCCAACUGGGGAAGCCAUCAGGGAGCCCAGAGCCAAGGAACACCCGCUGUUGGAUGGCAAGGCUUUGGAGACGACACAAAAGUGACCAGCAGCAUUAAUAUCUCUGCUUGGUUGCCAAAGCGCAAGAGAAAGAAGAAGAAUAAGAAGAAGCAACAGAUGGUCCAGCUUGGCUUUAAGACUCCCACUGAAGAUAAGCCUUCGACAUCUGCAAGCAGCACCCAAGGCAGGUACCCUGUCUCCCAUAAGCACAGAGAAGAAAAUCAGGAGGAAACUAGAGAAAAGGACACGAAACAGAAUGGCACUCCCCCAAAAACCGACAGAGGGGCGAAACCACCAAAGAAAAAAAAGAGGAAAGGGAAUCACAAAGAGCCCCAAGAGAUUGUUCCUGAGCCCAAGCCCCCUGCAAAAGAUGCCAAAAGUGAGAGCUCCGCUACAGAGUUCCACUGCUUUUUGUGCAAAUAUCAAACUGACAAUCGGUGGCAAAUUGCACAGCACUUCAGGAGCACCAUGCACAAGGAAGUCAUAAAAGAGUUGCACAGGACGCUCCCUAAAUACAAGGUGGCCUUUAUUGAGGAAUAUCUGCACAGAGAUGUCAAGAAAGUGGUCAGUGAGCGGCGCCAGCAGCACUUGGCUGUGUCAAAAACGUAUUCCUUGAAAGGGAUCGGCCAGGAGCAUUUCAUGCAACAGGUACAAGCUGUCCGCUGCUCCGCCUGUGACCUGCUGCUCCCCAACGUUAUAGAGACCCUGCUGAAGCACACGGCCUCGGAAUCGCACGCAUUGAAUCGGAGGAUGAUGUUUGGCAAAACAGUGGAUGGCAGCGUUAUUGUGGCCAAGAAGUUCUUUUUAGACAAAGAUAUCAUUGAACUUCUGGACAACUACAUGGAGGGCAACAACUUCAUUGCAAAGACCACACAUAAAGGAGCCCUGGCCAGGAAAGAUAUUCCUAAACCUGAUGCCCAUCACAGUGAUGGAGGGGAGUGCCAGCUGGCUGUGCCAGUGCAACUACAGAACUAUAAGGAAGAGUACCAAGAGAUAGAGAACUACAAGGAAGAGGAAAAGAACUUCGAGGAAGAGGAAAAGAACUUCGAGGAAGAGGAAAAGAACUUCGAGGAAGAGGAAAAGAACUACAAGGAAGAGAAAAAGAACUACAAGGAAGAGAACCAUAAGGAAGAAGAAAAGAACCACGUGGAAGAGGAAGAGAACCAGGAGGAAAACCUUAUGCAUCUCUGCACUUGUAGUGAUGAUGGUGAUGGUCAAGAUGAUGAUGAAGAAGCUGUACUGGUGCUGUGAGACCACUUCCUCUUUACAUUACCUUCCUAUGGCAAGUUACAUUUCCUUCUCCGUCCAAGCCCCAUGUAAGGAAAUUUUAGCAACCAAUAGGAAUGUUUAUUGCUAGUUUUAUGUUAGUUUAUGUGCUGGAGGGGCACUCCAAGUUCAAGUGUCCGAAAUGCCCAGGGAAAUGCCCAGGGUGUCUCGGCAAAAUGGCAGCCUUUCUGUGACUGGGAGAGUUAAAUAUAGGCAAGGAAUCCCAGACCUUAAGCUUUCCUUUAGCUUUCCUUUAGCUUUCCUAGCAUAACAUCUGCACGGGGGCCCCACAGGCUGUCAUCCAACACCAUUUGUUGCUACUGGUAUUAUUUUCAAACACACACAUGCUCUUGUGAGGGUCCCAUGGGAACGAUAGGAAGUGUUCCCUAUAGGGCACGACUGAUUCCCUCCUGAGCUCCCCCGGCCGUGGCCAGGGCUGUGGCUCCAUUUCAUUUAUGCACUAUAAAUCUGUAUCAGUACCCCAAAAACUUUCAUUUUAGUUCACUGUUAAAAAUGUUGAUACAGGUGUGUUACUGUUUCUGUUUUUAUUGGCAUAUGUUUUCCUACAAAUAAAACAUGUUAAGUAGGGUG